AUGAUGACCAAGCUUCAAGUCAACUCUUCUGAAAAAUCCGGUGCUUCCAAAACAAGAAAGGAAAAGAGUUGCGAGAAAGAACACCGUCGAACCCAAAACAUCAAUGGAGCUUUCGCCAACCUGCAACAGUGAGUUUCCUCUUCUCAAUCAGCUAUCAGAAGUACACAUAUUUCCUAUUUCCAGGCACAUUCCGUACCUGCGACCGGAAGAAAGAAGGCAACUGCCGAAGAUAAAAACACUCCGGCUGGCCAUGCAAUACAUCGAUCACCUCAAUAAACUUCUGAGCGGCAACGAAGUGGUACAUUUGCAACUGAAUAUGUACAUACUAAUCGCACCAUUUUCGUUACAGAUGGAGACCGAUUGCGAGGAGACACGUCCUCUGACUCAUUCCGACUUCCGUCAGGCGAUUUGUAGUGAAAUGCGGGUCAAAAACAGCUACCGGGAACGAGCUCACUCUCAGGAAUUGGAUGCGGCUACUGUGCAACGGAUUUUGGCGAGAGAAGAGCAGAGAACACGCCGGCUCCAUGUCAAUUCAACUGAUAAUGAAGGUGAGUGGCUUACUUCUCAAAAAAAGAGCAAGUGAAAACUAUAGGUUUUUACAGAUUUCUCCCCGCGACCGCUUGGUCCUCACUCGAACAGUUGCGUCAACAGCAGCCAGAUCCCCAGCAACCAGUACAUGACCUUCGGAACACCGGUCUAUUCCAAUGUUCCUGGAAACUCAACAAUAUAUUCACAAAGUCCUGAGUCCCAACCAAUGUAUCCAGAUUCCUCUCCUCAGUCGGUAGAGAACUAUUCUCAUUACAUACCAACCAACUUUUUUCCUCAUCCUUUCCACUAA